ACUCGACCCGAGAACACGAAACGCGCGCGCGAUCGUCGCAAACUGUCAAACUACUGUCACUGGGAGAGCAUUAAAGUGUGUAGUCCUGUGUAAUCGGUGCGUGUGUGUGUUGGUGUCUCUGUAACGUAACCCUUUUUUCUCCUUUGCUGAAGUGAUUUAAGGAAUCCGCAGGAUUUGUGGGGAAAAAUUGACGAAGAAGAAAAGUGAUAACACAAUCGGUGAAAAUAGUUUGUGAGAUCUAGUGGGCCGCGACGAGCUGUCACUUGCGACAGAACUUCUAAGCCGACUUCUGCAAAUCCAAGUAAGCGCCGUUGCGGUGAAGAAUCGGGCUCUCAUGGCUUGCUACUGCGGCGACAACACCGGAGACGCCGUCGACGACAAGUAGAAGUGAAGAGGGGAUUAGAGUGUACACCACAACCAGGAAGAAAGUUUAAAGUUCAAUAACCAAUCCGACGUCAGUGGGAAGUGUUGAGCGGAGAAACGAAGAGGGGGGCAAGGUUCUGUAACAAGCGGAAGGUGUGCACGAUCAAAGCAGCUCGAAGAGGUGUGACAAGAAGAUCAGAGGAAGAAGGAAGAGAGAGAGAGCAAUGUCGAGCGUUGAUUGAAGAUUCGUGAUUGUUUGUUUUGAGUGUGUUGGGAUUGUGACAACCUGUCAAAAAAGGGGUUUAUUUUGUGGAAUUGUAAGCUGAGACGCAGCAGGCCGAGGGAUUAUUGCACGGAAAAGAAUCUGGCCGGAACUGUCAACCUGGGUUCGUGAGUGCGUGGCGGGGCACCAUGGAUCACGCGGUGCACGCGGCCCGCGGACGACCAUGGAACAAACUUCGCUUCGAGAACAACGAGCUGGAAUGUCUGUACCAGCGGUACACGCUCAAGCUGCAGCGGUUCUCCGUGACCGGCGUGGUGGCGCUGGUCGUCGUCCUGUGCGGCGUUAUGGCCGGGUUGAGUCUCGGCUACAACCAGGCGCCCACGCUCCAUAACGUGUUCAACUCGUUUCUGUGCCUGCUGUUCGCGGUGGUCCUGGCGCUGCUCCAGUUCCGGUUGAUCCGGGACUCGCACCUGCCGUACCUCUGCUACGGGAUCCUCUUCUUCACGGCGGCCUUCUGCUUCAUCUCGAUGCCGACGGUCGGCAUCGUGUUCCCCGUCGAUACCCGCGAGGUCAUGGCCGAGGGCGUCUGGCAGAUCGUCUUUGUGGUGUUCCUGGCGUACGCCAUGAUGCCGCUCCAGAUCUGGGAGGCGGUCCUGUUCGGGAUCAUCCUACCAUCGAUCCACGUCGGCCUGACCGGGUACAACAUCUACAAUGACAACUUCCAGUACCUGGCCUACCAACAGCUAGCCGCCAACAUCGUCAUCUUCGUCGGCGUCAACGUCGCCGGUCUCGUCGUGAACGUCAUGAUGGAGCGGGCCCAACGCCGAGCCUUCCUCGACACCCGGAACUGCAUCGCGGCCCGCCUCGAAAUGGAAGACGAAAACGAGAAGCUCGAACGCCUCCUGCUCUCCGUCCUGCCCCAACACGUCGCCAUGGAGAUGAAAAACGACAUCCUCUCCCCCGUCGAAGGCCAGUUCCACAAGAUCUACAUCCAAAAGCACGAAAACGUCAGCAUCCUCUUCGCCGACAUCGUCGGCUUCACCGUCCUCGCCUCCCAGUGCAGCGCCCAAGAACUCGUCCGACUCCUAAACGAACUCUUCGGCCGCUUCGACCAACUAGCCCACGACAACCACUGCCUGCGCAUCAAGAUCCUCGGCGAUUGCUACUACUGCGUGUCCGGCAUCCCGGACCCCCGCGCCGACCACGCCCGCUGCGCCGUCGAGAUGGGCCUGGACAUGAUCGACGCGAUCGCCUCCGUCGUCGAGCAAACGGACGUGAUCCUGAACAUGCGCGUCGGAAUCCACUCCGGACGGGUGCUGUGCGGAGUGCUCGGGCUCCGUAAGUGGCAGUUUGACGUGUGGUCCAACGACGUGACGCUGGCGAACCACAUGGAGAGUGGAGGGGAGCCGGGAAGGGUUCAUGUGACGCGGGCUACGCUGGACGCGCUCGGUGGGGAGUACGAGGUGGAGGCCGGGCAUGGAGACACGCGGGACUCGUACCUGAGGGAUAAUCAGAUCGAUACGUACUUUAUCGUGCCGCCGGCACAUCGGAGAAAGCCCCUGAUGCUGAACACGCUCGGCGUCCGGUCCGCGCUGGGUGCGGCCAACCGGCGCAAGCUGUCCUUCCGGAACGUCUCGAACGUGGUCGUCCAGCUGCUGCACACCAUCAAGUACUCGGUGCCGGUGCCGUUCUCGCACAUGGCCACCGGUGCGCCACCGUACCCGCCGGGAGGGGGCGGCAGUGGCGGCGGGAGCAGUGCCGGAGGAGGCGGAGGAGGGGCAGGCUUGUUCCUGGACAAGAAUGCCCGGAAGGACCCGGUGCUCCACUUGCAACGAAUGCUGCACGCCAAUCCGUACCAGGCCGCCCUAGCGGCCGCCGCCAACGAGAACGACGGUCUGAUGGGUUCCGGCCGAUCUUCCGGCAACCGCGGCGGCACUUCCUGUCUCAGCGAUUCCUCCGCGUACGACAGCGCGGACUCGACCGCGUCAAAAAACAAGGUGACGGACAAGUUCAAGCGGCCGUUCAAGAAGCGCCACUCCAGCGUGUACCACCAGCCGUCGAACCGGGUCAACAAGUUCCUGUCGCAGGCCAUCGAGGCCCGGAGCGUGGACCGGGAAAAGUCGGUGCACGUGAAGCGGAUCUCGCUGCAGUUCCGGGAGAAGGAAAAGGAACGCCAGUACCAUCAGGACUUUGACCUGGGCUUCACUACGGCCAUGGGUUGUAGUUUACUUCUGUUGAUUUUGAGCGCCGGAUUGCAGAUUUCCGCGCUGCCUCGAACGCUGAUUCUUCUGCUGCUCUUCCUGACCGCCUUCAUCUGGAUUAGCUCGAUCCUGAUGUUGCUGCUGGCCGUCCGGCUCAAGUGGAUCUUCUGGGACCUGUCCCAGAGCUUCUCACUGCGCCUGGCCAUCACCAUCUUCACCAUCGUGCUGCUCUACUCGGUUGGGCAGGUCAACGUAUUCACCUGCCUGUCGGACCAUCCGUGCACCACCAACUUUACCACCAAAGCCGUGCCGGAUCUGUCGCUGGCGGCGUCCGCGGCGAAUCUGCUUCACGCCGAUCCGGCCACGUCGGCGUCCUCGAUGCAUCACGACGGGAUUGGGCCGCCGCAUCCGUCGGUUCUCGGCAGCAACUACGCCCACCGGAAGUGCGCCCUGCCGCAGUACAUCUCGCUGUCGGCGGCCUUCUCCUUUCUGACCGUGUCGAUCUUUUUGAGGCUCCCCAUCAUGGUGAAAACGUUCCUGGUGACGGCGAUGGGCGUCAUGUACUGCCUGUUCAUCGAGCUGUCUCACACGAACAUAUUCGACUGUUACGACCAGCGCGUCGAGUCGGCCAUCCCGCUGCACACGAUCUCACUGGCACGGAUCAUCAUCUUCAUGAUCGCCAUCCUGGCGCACGGCCGCCAGGUCGAGUGGACGGCCCGGCUGGACUUCCUCUGGCAGCUGCAGGCCUCCCAGGAGAAGAAGGAGAUGUCGGUGCUGCAGCAGAGCAAUCGGAGGAUCUUGUACAACUUGCUGCCGUCGCACGUGGCGGCGCACUUCUUGGACAAUCAGUUUAGCCGGGCGAACAUGGGUACGCUUGGCGCGAAUCAGGAUUUGUACCAUCAGAGCUACACCAAGGUGGGGGUGAUCUUUGCGAGUGUGCCGAACUUUCACGAGUUUUACACGGAGCUGGACGGGUCGAACCAGGGGGUGGAGUGUUUACGGCUGUUGAACGAGAUCAUCGCGGACUUUGACGAGUUGCUGUGUGAGGAGCGGUUCCAGGCGAUUGAUAAGAUCAAGACGGUGGGGAGCACUUAUAUGGCGGCGGUUGGGUUGAUUCCGGAGUUUAAGAUGCUGCCGAGCGAUGGGAACUCGGCGCGGAAGUUGAUGACGGCGCUGAUUGACUUUGUGAAGGCGAUGAGGAUCACGCUGAAGAAUAUCAAUGAGAAUUCGUAUAAUAACUUUAUGUUGCGGGUUGGGGUGAAUGUUGGACCGGUGGUUGCCGGGGUUAUUGGUGCGAGGAAACCUCAGUAUGACAUUUGGGGGAAUACGGUGAACGUGGCGAGUCGGAUGGACUCGACGGGGAUUCCGGGGUACACUCAGGUGACGCAGGAGGUUAUUGACAGCUUGCAGGGUAGUCAUUUUGAGUUCCGGUGUCGGGGUCAGAUCAAGGUCAAAGGUAAGGGCGAUAUGGUGACUUAUUUCUUGUGUGAGCAGAACGAGAACAUGCUGAAUGGGGGUGGAGGGGCGGUUGGGGGGAUGAUGGCGGGGAAUGGAACUGGGAAUCGGCAGACUCCGGUGCCGAACAUAAUCUCGAACUAUCAGACGGACAGCUUCCACCAUCUGAACAUCAGCCAACAGCAGCAGCAGCAGCAACAGCAGGUCAGUUGCUACCAACCGGCGCAGGUUCCGGUGCUGCAACCGCAGAGCUACUACAUGAAGCGAUCUUCCGACAUGGACAACAACAGCAUGAAGAACACCAAGUGGCAGGUUGGCAACGACAGCUCCUACUCCAAGAAGGAGAGCUACAACUUCCUGGAGAGUCCGAAUUUGCUGCAUCAGCAACAGCCGGGAGUCGCCGGUCAGCACCAACCGCAGCCACAACACUUCCAGCAACAACCUCAGCAGCACCUUAAAGCCGCCUACAAGCACAACAACAUCAACAACAACCACAUUGGCUCAAACAGCAAGCGGAACGACUACCAUGCGGCCAACAUCCGGGAAAACUUCAACAUCAUCGAGAACCCGAACGUCGCAAAAGACAUGGACGAGAACAACUUCAACAAGCCAGGCCACAAGGUCCGGAACAACCGGAACCACCACCACCAUCAUCACCAUCGACACGAACCAAGCCCCGGCCAACAACAACAACAGUCAGCACCACCAAACAACCGGUACGUAACCGCUUCCGAGAACGAACCCCUGCUCGGAUCCGGCAUGGUCGGCAACGCCAUCAUCAAACCCAUCCAACAGAUCCAGCAAAUCCCCAAGUACGAACCACCCCGCUACGCGACCGGCAGCACCGCCUUCCCUGCCGCCGGCCAGCACCUCUACAACAACAACAACGCGUCCGCGUACAACUUCCCGGUAGCACCGGGACCUCCCCAACAACUUCAACAAGCCAACAACUACCAGCAGCACCAGCAACAGCAAGCCCGCCAGCACCAGCUCUACCAACAGCAGCAGCAACAACUCCUUAAACAAUACAUCAAACCCCUCCCCAAACUCCCCCACGAAUUCGACGAAUCCCGCGAAAUGUCCUCCACCGACGAUCUCAGCUCGCGACCCCGCUCCCCCUCGGUCAGCUCUUCCGACGAAAGCUACUCCAAAACCACCGAAGGCGAAGAACUGGACGGCGGCCACUCCCCCCUCCCUCCUCACCACCACCAGCAACAGUACAUCAACAACUUCAACAACCCGCUCCAAUACCUCUACCCCGGCGACAUCCAAGUCGACCCAACUUCCCCGCCCAAACUCAGCCCCCUCGAUUUCGCCAACCUGAAAGACUUCGAAGUGACCACCACCGCCGAAACGAAGAGUUCCGUGCCGAACAAGGGCGAGUCGUGCAACAGCUUCGAGUUCCACGAAAAGGCACCGCAAGCGGCGGCGGCGCCGCCACCAGCCUUCCCAAAGUCCCCGUUUGAGCGGGAGCUGCAGCGCCGGCUGGCGGAGUCGCAGUCGCGGCCCAUGUUGGCGAACAACAAUCUGGAUCAGGAGCAGCAGCAGCAGCAGCACCAUCUGCCAGUGCGGAGGGAUUCGUUGGACAACAGCGGGAAGGUGAAGAACGUGAACAACUUGAUGCUGGCGAAGCAUCCGGGCACGCUGGAGGCGAUCAAGGAGGCCACGCGGAACAAGAACCCGUCGGAGUCGAGUCAUAUGCAAACCUCCGACACGGAAUCGUGCGAAAUCAUCCACGACUACCGGACGUCGACGACGGCUGGCAACGCGAGCGCUGGCAACUCGAUGGACAGUCGAGGCCACCACCACCAACCGCAUCACCAUCACCACCACGCCCACCACUCGUCUUCGCUGACACAAUCGCCACGGUUCCGGAACCGGCACCAGCAGCUGGCGUCCCGGCUGGCCGUCGGCACGAAAAAGUCCUCCAACGAAACUUCCUCCAACAUCGAAGCGGACGAAGAUCUGCGGCUGUCGAACGAGGCCAUCUACCGGGGACGGGGCCGGGACUCGGACGACAUGCUGGACGACGACGAAGAACCGGAUGAGGUGGAGGAAGAGGAGGAGGAAGAGUCCGAGGUGGAAUCCGAAGAGGAGGAGGAGGACGAAGACGAAGCGGAGCGGCAGUUCCGGCGGAAGCAGCAGCAGCAGCAGCGAUCCUGUGGCGUCGAGAGGAGGCCAAGUGAUGCCGUGACGCGGAAUUACAUCUCGGACGAGCUCAAGUACGGUGCGGGCCACAAUCGGGGGACGCCGGUUGGGGUGGUCUUGGGGGGAGUUGGAGGAGGAGGAGGAGGAGAUUUGAGUCAUCACAGUCACAGUCAUCACAACAAUAGCCAUAGUUCGCACCACAACCACCAGUCGCUGGAUUCGAACCCGGUGGAGAGUCAGUCGGAGUGGAGCGAUGACGAGUGCCGGGAGGAGGCAACGGGUGGCGCCGAAAGCACCGGCUACAUCACCGACGAGCCCGGCCUCGAAAACAUCUCGCUCCUGAACGAGGCCGGCCUGACCGACGCCGAGGGUGCCCUCUCGGACGUCAACUCCCUGUACAACGCCCCCGACGUGGACGACACGUCCAUCUCUUCGCGCGCCAGCAGCCGCCUCCUUUCGCUGGACUCCCUUUCGGGCCUCUACGACUGCGAUCUGGACUCGAAGCACGAAAUGGCCAUCGUCAGUGCGUCGCACAAGAUUAGCAGCAAGUUUGGACCGGGGACGACGACGACCAAUUCCGCGACGAACGGUUCCACCGGAUGACCGGAAAGGGAGCAGGAACGGGAAGGGAAGGGGGAGGACGUCGAGGUCGAUGACUGUAAAUAGUUGUCUUAGAUAGAGUAUGCUGCACUGCUGGUCGGACAUUUUUUGGAAGAGAAAUGGGUAUCUCUUUGUCACAAAAUUGAACCAUUUUUUUGUGUGUGUUGUGUAAUUAUAAAAGUUGAGAGGAAAGCAAAGAAGCAUUUCAUUCAGUUUCGUUGCAUAAAUAGCCUUAACGGUGCUUUACACAGAUCACACCAAAAUUGUGCAUUUGUUGGUGAUAUGUUCUCUUUUCUUUUAACUCUUGUUGCUUUUGUUGGUUGUUGGCUUUGUCGAGUUUGUAAAGUUAAGCUGGGAAAACUGUGGAAGAAUCAAUGAAAAAAAACGGAAUCAAAUGUUCUUCUUGAAUCCAUGUUUAACAAAAUUUAAAUUGCUGAGGAGGCGAAUGCCUGACAAAAUUGAAAAAUAACUCAAGUUAAAAACAAAUAUGAUCUGACCGAAUUAUAUUUUGACUUGACAUGGAAAUACUUAAAACGACACCAGUUUUAGAUUCCAUUUGUUGAUUUUUGGUCGAUUUUACAUUGAAACGGUUAAUUUAUUAAUAAAUAAUAUAUAAUAAAUUAUUUCAGAUGUUUUUUUUUUUUUUUUGCAUUGUAACUGUUUUUUGCCGUAAUUAUAUUUGGGCACCAACUCGAUAGCUAUUUUGAUCAUCAGAUCAAACAUCGAAGACAUCGAAUUGGUCACCUUUUGCUUGGAGUGUUGUCAAAUUUAAAUUUAAAAUUAUUGAUCUUUGCACUAGAAAAUCCAAAAAAAUGCUCAAUAAUUUUUCCUUCUCUCUUUUUUUUUAACUUGAGAAUAUUUAAGUAAUUAAAAUUCCAAAUUUAAAUAUUUAUUCAGUUCUUGUGUCAUUCAAAAUCUCUAACAUUUUGUAAAAAAUACCUAAUUUUUGCUUUUGAUGUUUUUUUUUCAAAAUCGGACUACAACUCAGAUUCUAUUAUCAAGAGGCCUUGGAAAAAUUUCACAUUUGAUAAUAAAAUCUUCAGAUAAUCGAAUCACGAAAAUUAAUUUCACUGUCUUUUUUUUUUUUGAAUGAUGAGCUUAAGUUUGGAUUUUGUAAAUCCAAAAUGGCGGUGAUGGAGUAUUGAAAAAAAAAAAUGCAUUUGGAACAUUCCGGCGUUGCACGUCACGAUAUUUCUCUCUUUUCCGAAAUAUAUAUCAAAUGAUAUCAAAACCACUCUAAAACUCAAAUGUUAUUACAGAUUCGGAAUAGAAAUUGAAUUUUCUACAAGUAGUGACUAUGAAAAACUAAUUUUAAGUCUAAUUUUUCAUUUGCCACAAAUUUCGACUCUUUUUGGUUAAAUUAAUAAACUGGUUAUGAUAAACAUAUGUCAUGGAAAAUCCAGCUGCGAUUGAUGAUUGGGCCAAUAAAAAUACGAAUAAAUACUUCAAAUGUUCGACCUAUUAGCAAAAACGUGUCGUUUUUGUCGUUGGAAAAUGUGUCACAUGGUUAUUUAGCAGGCAAUCAUCCAUUCAAAUUUAAGUAAAAUGGAGUCUCUGCGACUCGAAUUUUAUGUACAAAGUGAGAAAAAAAAUUCUUUGAGGCUUCGUAUAACCGAUUCUGGACAGUAAUUUGAAUUAGGAUUAAAUAAUGUUAAAUAAUUUCAAUAGUUAAAUGACUGAAGUUUUCACAUAAAAAACGAUUUCUUUUAUUUUUAGCAAAUCUUUUUUAUCCAAAACUUCAAACAGGAACACUUCGAGCACUUUUUUUGAAAUUUUAAGAGUCUGGAACGUAUGAUUACCCCACUAUCGGGUUUUCCGCAAGGGAUGCAGUGGAAUUUCUUGCACAUGUCUCAAGUGGGCAGAUAUGGAAUAAAUUUAGAUUUUUAUUUUGGCAAAAAUAUAUUGAAAUCUCGCGCAAUAUUGCUUAAAACUUUAACUGAUAAAGUUUUUUUUAUUCUUCUGCAAAACUUACAUGUUUGUAAACAAACAUUUGAGACGACUGCUUGAAAAAGAUGCACAAAUGCUUUCAAAUUAAGGAUAUUAAUAGCCAGUCAGAUUUCGAAGCAGCUUCAAUUCGUACGUACCAGUCAGAGCUAAUUGUUCUCCACAAAAAAAUGCAUUUCAGAGCUCGACACCCUCCCAAUUUGGUGCAAAUGUUACGUCUGCUCAACCAACUUACUGUGAGGGAAAAAUCCCUGCAAAAGGGGAAGGUCAAUUUGGCGACUUAUGCCAACAUUUCUCUUUCAUAUCAAAGUCCAGGUCAUGAAUUAGUUAUCGCAAAUAAUAAUAAUACUUAUAAUAUCUGACUUUUUUUUUCAUUUGCCUUUGACUUGGAUAUUAACUCUUUUUUCGUACCGAAUCACGAGACAGCAGUUGCAGUCAUUUUUUGGCACAAUAUUAUGUCUAGUUUCAGUGAGAGCAGGUCUAGGAUUUGGAAACUUUUAACUUUUAAGUGCUCUUUAAAUUGCUGUCCCUAAUCCGACUGUAGUACGGAAUCGGCCUUGUUGGCGAUAAACAAUUUAUAAAAAAAAACCUCUAGAACUUAUCAAAAAAUAUGAUUAAGUAUAGAAGAAUGGGUAUCACCCAAGGAUUUUAAAUAAAUUAAAUUUUAGAUAUCCUGUUUGAUCCUCACUACAGUAUGAUUUCGGAAAGAUAGCACAUUUUAAAUUUAUUGUUUAAGAUAAUACCUUAAAUCUAACUGUAUUAUGAAGCUUUUGAUUUUUUUCAAACGGCUUUUCCAUAUAUUUGGAAAAAAUGCCGUAUAUAUUAAAUAAUCAUAGAAAUACAAAAUAUGAUCAAAAAUCGAUAUUUUGACAUUUUGGCUAAAUUCUAAGAAGAGACUCAGAUUCAGCGGGCGAAAUUAUACACUUAUCCCAUGAAAACUUGACCUUUUCAGAUUAAGAUAUCUCAAGUUUAAAGAAAAAUACCCCUUAGAUUUGUUCAGCGUUUGAAGUGCUCGAUCUCCCCUUUUGAAUGCAACCUGGCGCAUUCAAUUUGACCAGACCUCAAGUCCAAAAUGAUUAUUUCGGAGGCGAAAGUGUUUGUUUUUUUUAAAGCUUUUAAAGUUCUCAGAACACUUUUCUUUUGAACUUAACCCUGAAUCCAUACGUAAAAAAAAUCUGAUUUUUAAAGGUUUGCGUAGAUUGCGAGGAUUUCUUUUUGUGUUUUCGGCAAAGUUGCUUAGAUUGACAUGCUCACAACUACAUAUCUAAAAGUGCAAUAAAAAAUCCUAAAAAUAUUCCUGGAAUGUUAGAUUUUAUAGAUCACCCUAAUCGUGAACCACCCUGACUUUCAACCAAAUCAAAUUUGAAACAAUUGAAGAAAGCAUAGCUCCAAAUGUUCAUCAUUUUUGAAAAAUCAUUAUUCCACUUAAUUUUGUGCCAAAUGGGCCUUAAAAAAUUUCUGCGGAAAAUUAAAAAAAAAAUACUCAUUCUUUCAAAUGUUUCUUUGCACAUUGCACACAAAAUUUUGUUUUUUUUUUUUUCAGUUUGAUGUGAUGAUUUUUAUUUGUUCUUGUUUUUUAAUGUGAUGUUAAAAUUUUUGGCUACCAACUCUAUACCUAUUUCAACGAAAUCAUUUGAAAAGAUGCUGAAUUGGUCACUCUUUCGUUGGGAACCUGUCAAACUACACGCUGCAUUUGUUUUAAAAGAAAUUACAUAAAACAGUUUAAAGAACAAAUUUUGGAUUAAAAGACAGUUGAGGUUCAAAAAGCUUUCCGUACUAAUAUUCUUCCGACAUAAUUUCCCAACAAGAUAUUUACAGUUUUCUCUUACAAAGUUAAGCAAUGUGAUAAGUAGAAAUGCUUUUCGAUAGAAAAGAAAACAGAGAACGAGGAAUUGGACGCUGCACGCAACAAAAAAGGUGAUUGAUUUCAUAUCGAAACUGUUCCGAUUUCAUUAAACAACCAACCAGUCAGAAGAGGAAAAACUCACAAAAAUUGAUGAACAGGUCAAACUAUUGUUGAGAAGUGAAAAACAAACUUGAUAUUCGAGAAACUACUGUGAAUAUGCAAGAACUACUUAGGAAUUCUUCACUGAACACGCGAAAACCAGGCAAUUACCUUUGCCUUCAUUAGAUAUGAGAGAAAAAAAACAAGCAAAAAAUGGGUUUCGCUUUAAAAAAAAGUCAGCGUUUGCAUGUUUAUUUUUUGUAACAAAUCAAAAACGUGUCACUCUUGCAGUAAAGAGUGACAUAACCUGUAAAUAUCAAAAACAAGCAAAACAAAAAUCUCGUUUAAGUGUAAAUUACAUACAUACAAAAAAACACAAACUAGCAUAGCUUUCGAAUCCCACCACACACAUCACCUUCACUUUCAGCACACACACACUUGCACGCAAGAAGCAAACAUACACACACACACACACACUUACACACACACAUUGUGAAAGAAAGAAGCGCUUUCAAAAAGCUGUCUCUGUCUGUCUCUAUUAAGAAUAGGAACUGGAUAUAUAUUACUAUAUUAUAUAACAAACAAAAAACAAAACAAAACUAUUAUUGCAAUUCAUUAUUAAUACUAUUAGUAAUUUAUACAAAGCAAAAUGAAAAGAAAAGAAGAAAUUGACAAAGCAAAACUAUUAUUAUUAGAUUCGAAAAAAUAAAACAAAACUAAAAAAACUGAUAUUUAGCUAUUAAACAAAGUGAGUAAACUAUUGACAAAAAAAAAACAAGAAGGAUAUUGACGGUGAAAGACUAAAAAGAUAUCAACUUUUGAAUUGCAACUAAGCAAAACAAACUAAAAUCUAUAUUUUUUACUAUUUGGAAAAUUGGUUAACGUUUUUCAAAACAGCACAAACUAAGCUCAUCGAAUCACCCAACAGAAGAAGAAAAAAAUAUCUCAAAACUAGGAACAGUCAAUUGCUAAUCCUACUAUCCUGACGCCAUCAUAUUAUUUUUUCGAGGUUAAAAUGCAACACAAAAUGAUAUUGUAAGCUAGCGCUGGAGGCGUAAAUCAUGCAAAACUCACAGUCAAACACACAAAUUAAGGCAAGUUUAAAAUAACUGAGGAAAAGUGGUACUUUUCAUGGUGAUUGCCGCUGGGGAAGGAAAGGCGGUCGUGCAAGAUGGAAAUAAAUAAUGAAAAAUUAA